AUGCAAAAAUUUCUCAAAAAAGAAGGAAUCCGUUUCCGCGUAGCGCGUAAUCCCGAUGUUAAAGCAGCCGUGAUCGANCGUUUCAACAGAACGCUAAAGGAGCGCAUGUGGCGUUAUUUUACUCAUAGAAAUACGAAACGUUAUCUCGACAUCUUGCAGGAUAUCGUACGCGCUUACAAUCACACUCGGCAUACCACCAUACGCAUGAAACCUGCGGACAUUACGCUGGAAAACGCUCACAUCGCGCGCGACAAUACGCAACGUCGUUGGAAAAGACACCGCGUCGAAGCGAAAACGGCUAAAUACUCUGUAGGCGAUCUCGUACGCAUCAGUAGAGCAAAAGCCGUCUUUGAGAAGGGAUACGANGCCAAGUGGAGCGAGGAAAUAUUCCGAAUUCAUCGCGUUCUCGAGUGGCGAAAUCCCCGUGUUUACGAGUUGCGUGAUUUAGCUGAUGAGAUUAUAGACGGUAUUUUCUACGAGCAAGAACUGUCGCCUGUUGUUAAAAAUCUUCAGGAAGAAACUUUCAUCGUCGACCGCGUAAUAAAGAGCAGAGGGCGGGGGCGUAAUAGGCAACUGUUAGUCAGUUGGCAGGGUUACCCGUCAAAAUUCGACUCGUGGAUCGCGGCUUCGAGUUUAACAUCAAUUCCACAAAACGAUGAUCGCGGAACACUUUUACGUAGUUCUCCCAAGCAAUAG